UUGAACCAAUUGCUUUGUUGUUCCCUAAACCUAGUCUUUUUUGCAGAACACCUGGGCAAGAAGUUGGAGGACUACAUAAAAACACUGCCGGUGCCGACCCGGUUAUUCCGUACGGAGAACCGGUCCGGGCUUAUCCGGGCGCGACUACUGGGCGCUAAACACGUGAAAGGAGAUGUCAUCACGUUCCUCGAUGCGCAUUGUGAAUGUACAGAGGGCUGGCUCGAACCGCUUCUUGCCCGUAUCGUGGAGGACAGAAGCACGGUCGUGUGUCCGAUCAUCGACGUCAUAUCGGAUACCACCUUCGAGUACAUUCAGGCUUCGGACAUGACCUGGGGCGGGUUCAACUGGAAAUUGAACUUUAGAUGGUACCGUGUGCCAGAAAGAGAGAUGGGCCGUCGCGGUGGCGACCGCACGGCGCCGCUACGGACACCCACAAUGGCCGGCGGAUUAUUCGCGAUAGAUCGCGACUACUUCUACAAGAUCGGAUCUUACGACGAGGGCAUGGACAUCUGGGGCGGCGAGAACCUCGAGAUGAGCUUCCGGGUGUGGCAGUGCGGCGGGCGGCUGGAGAUCGUCCCGUGCUCGCACGUGGGCCACGUGUUCCGGGACAAGUCCCCGUAUUCCUUCCCCGGCGGCGUACAAAACGUCGUGUUGCAUAAUGCCGCCCGCGUCGCCGAAGUCUGGAUGGACGAGUGGGGGCAGUUCUAUUAUGCCAUGAAUCCAGGCGCCCUAAACGUGCCGGUUGGCGACGUGAGCGAGCGGCGAGCAUUACGCGAGCGGCUCAAGUGCAAGAGCUUCCGAUGGUACCUGGAGAACAUCUACCCGGAGAGCCAGAUGCCAUUGGAUUACUAUUAUUUGGGAGAGAUACGUAAUGCGGAUACAUCCAACUGUUUGGACACCCUCGGCGGCAAAGCAGGCCAGCCCUUGGGUAUGGGAUACUGCCACGGAAUGGGGGGCAACCAGGUGUUUGCGUACACGAAACGCAAGCAGAUCAUGUCGGACGACAACUGUCUGGACGCGGCGCACCCGCGCGGGCCCAUCAAGCUCAUCCGCUGCCACGGCAUGCGCGGCAACCAGGAGUGGACCUACGACUCCAAGACGCGUGUGAUAAAACACACGAACACCGGCAUGUGCCUGGACAAGCCGGAGGCCGCUGAUGUGUGGAAGCCGGUGCUGCGGCCCUGCGACCGCUCGCGCGGCCAGCAGUGGCUCAUGCAGGUCGACUUCAAGUGGCAGGCGCGCCACGCCAGCUAGUGGCGGCCGCACCGCAAGGAUUGACAACGAUAGACCAUGCCAGUCUUCCUCCCCUCACGUUAGAUAUCAGAUUUAUUCCUAUCCUAUGUAUAUCUUAAAUUUUUUAUAUCUAUUAGACUAAAUGUAUGACACAUGUGGUCCUGUGAAUUGUUGACAAUACAUAAAAUAUUAUGCUCUAAGUUGUAUUCCCUAUAAACGUUGCUCAAACUUAGUAUUGCGUUGAGUAGAGUGAGUUUAUUGCUAUUGUAUUUUAGGCGCGUGAAAGUAGGCGAGAUUUUUAUAAUUUGUUGAUAGAUUCAGUCAGCGGCAUAUCAGUUUUGAUAUAGAGAUUGUUUUGUGUUGCAUUUAAUUGUCUUAACAAUGUAUUUUCAAUACUCUUUCUAAUCAAUUUGAUGAUUUGAUUAUUUUUUAUGUCACGUCAGUUUACCGUAUUGAAAAUGGAGAUACUUUUAUAUUUUUAUGGAUACUCAAGUUAAUUGUUAAGUUUUGAAAUGACGGUGUUUGAUUUCAACAUUUUACUGGAACACACCAAUCACUUGCCUUUUAUGAAUUAAUGAAAUGUCGGAAUCAAACAUGAGACGUAUUUAGAGUGGGACAUUGUUGUUCUCCUUGCAUUUGUGUGACGUUCGCGGUGCUAAACUUUGCCACUAGGCUUACAUACGAACCUACAGUUAUUUUCAUACAUUCAUUCAUCGGAUAGUAUGGCUAGCGGCACCGAGAGUGCCAUAUCCAUUUGCUAGACUGCCUUUGAUUGCCACGAUGUUAUAAAAUGCGGGGUUUCUUUCACGACGAUUCAUGUGCGGAUUUCUCUGUUUCCAUUUUCCAUACGCGAUCUUCCACUCACUUCCAGUGUCUGUGUUUAUUAGUGUCUUUUAGAUGUAAGCACGUCGUGAAAGACAUCCUAAAUAUUGAGAUUAGCCAAUAAACUGUAAUAGAUAAGACUUUUUGAUGUCGUUUCAUUAGUAUUUAUUUCUAUGUAUGUAAUGCCAUCGAUGUGUGGAAGAGUCUGUCAUAAUAUAAAUGUAAUUCGAAGCGUUUAGUUAUAACGCUGUUAAAUUAUUGAGGUUGUUUCGUACCGUGUUUAAGUCGUUUGAGAUAUCACAUUGCACGGAGUGACUGCAUACAUAUUGUAGGAUUUUUGAGUGUGAGAUUAAUCGUUUAGCUAAGGAAACUGUUUCAUGUUUAAACAUCUUUAUUGUUAAAUCUGCAAAGCCAACGGCAAUGAAUUCGCGUCCAAUUCUUAACUAUCUAAUCAAUGUUUUGUGGAUCUAACAAUAAACUUGGCCUGUUCGUUAAAACUGUUGCCUUAAUUAAUUUUAUGAGAUUUCAAAUUUGAUCGUGUUAUAUGGAUAAGAAUAAAAAAAUAUAUUUUAGCGUAUUUUAAUGGUCUAUAACAGUUAAAGGCUCGACGGAAUUGCCUUCAUUUUCACAAAUAGCUUAGAGUAGUUUCUGAUGUCAUUCCUUUUAAAAUAGAUAUUAACUAAUAUAAUAUAAUGAAAUAGUACGGCCCAUAUACAACGAAAAAUCUAUAUUAAGAUUGGAUUUUUACGGUUAAACUUUUGGUUGUUAUUAUCUUUUACUUUCUUUUAAAUUUAUUUUAUUUAAAAGUAAAGCGUCCGAAGGAGACUCAACUGGGGCCGAGUUAAGUCCUCUCGCUGCCGAAUUAUGAUUUAAAAGUUAGUGAUUUUAAUUUGGUAUUAUUUAUGUAAUAUUUAAUUUUAUUUGAAUUUUAAAAAGAGAUCAAUCAUAUCAACAUUAAAAUUGUAAAAUAUGUAAAAUUGUUUUUAGUAGUAGAAAAUUCUCAGGUAUAUUGAUUAUUUAUCAUAGAAUAACAUCACAAAAGAUAGAUUUAUAAAUAUCUAACAUUGUAUUUACAGUAUAGUGUGAUGAGCUAUUAAAAUUAUAUUUUUUGUUUUAAAAGGUUCAACUCGUCACUAGUAACUCUAAUUUUUAUUGUGGUCUGUCGUUAUGUUCGACUACAGUAACAAUAAGUUAUGUAUUCAAGAAUGUAAUUAUUGUAAAUAAAUUACGUGAUAUUCGUCCAAUGGUAAACAUGCCUGGUGUUCAAUGUCUGAAAAUAGCAUUUAUUUUGAACUGGAAUCUCAGAUGCAUUGACAUGGACAUACCGAGUGCCAAAUUUUUCCUUUUUUUUAUGAUGGCACACAUUCCAAUACUAUUGUCGACUUGAAAAUUAAAUUGUUUGGACUGAAUUUUAA